ACAUUUAUAUUAGACCGUGUUGUACUGCUCAAGCCGGCCACACUAGUGAACUGACAUAACAUAAACCACAACAAUCGAAAGAUGAACAAAUGCCUUAAGUACCAGCCCCGGAUAUUGCUUUCCCAACUCGGCCUGCCACGAUGCUAUGCCGCCGGUGUACAAUCGGAGCCACAGCCCCCAGCCCCACAAAAAAAGUCUGUGGUCGGACUGCCCCACAAACCCGAUCCCAAGGCGGUCAAGUGUGACUAUAUAGGACCGCCGGAUGCGCAGUCCAACCUGCGGCCGUAUGUGCGGCACUACGACGACGACGAGACGCGGCUGGCGAGGAGUCUGCGGCUAAAGAGAAUCGAGGUGGAGGCGUGGAACACCGACUUCUGGACGAGGCACAAUAAGCGCUUCUACGAGGAGAAGGAGGACUUCAUCCGGCUGCAUAAGGAGAGCGGAACCGAGGAGGUGUCGGCGGACCAGAUGAGCCACUUCUACAAGGCGUUCCUCGACAAGAACUGGCGCAUUCACAUGAUGUACAACAUCUCGUGGUACCUCAAGAACUUCGACAUCCUCACCCUGGCCGGCGCCGUCCAGCUCCAGAGGCUACUCGCGCUGGCCAAGCGGAGAACAUAGGUCCAAAAUUCCUAGUCCUUAUUAUUCAUUUUGUUUCGUCAUUAGUUUCAAAUAAAACAUCGUGUGUGUAAAA